AGUGAACCCCAUUCCUAGAUAAAGACCUCUCUCUCCUCUUUUCUCUCUCUAAAAUUACUUUCUCUCUCUCCCUCUCUCUCUCUCUCUGACCGAAAUUUCAUUCAUACCAAAAAUAACGGCAUAUUCUUCCUUCUCCAGACACCUUCUCUCUAUUUUUUAUUCUCUAUAUUCCAGUUUCAGAGCUUUUCUCCGGAUAAAUUUGAAAUAACUUUUCAGGGGUUUUUUUUUCUUUCAAAUUUUUUGUAUUUUUCUGGGGAAUUUUCCGUUUGUUUCCCGGGAUUUUUCGGUUAUAUUAACGUUUCCGGAAUCUCGAGUUUUUUUUUGUUUUUUGGGUGUCCGGUCGGGUGUUUGAGAAAUGGUGGUGAAGAUGAUGAGGUGGCGGCCAUGGCCGCCUCUGGUGACGAAGAAGUACGAGGUGAGGAUGGUGGUGAGGAGGCUGGAGGGUUGCGAUCUGGUGAGGGAGAGUGCAGGUGGAGCUGAGCUGGGCAAAUUAACGGUUGAGAUUCGGUGGAAAGGACCCAAACUGGCUCUCAGCUCUCUUAGGCGUACGGCCGUCAAGAGGAACUUUACCAGGGAGGUCGACGCCGCCGUCUCCCAAAACGGCGUCGUUGACUGGGACGAGGAGUUUCAAAGCCUCUGUUCCUUCUCGGUAUACAAGGACAAUGUGUUUCAUCCUUGGGAGAUCGCCUUCACUGUCUUCAAUGGUCUGAAUCAAGGACCAAAGAACAAGGUUCCUAUUAUUGGGACAGCAUUGGUGAACAUUGCUGAAUUUGUUUCUGCAGCUGAAGAGAAAGAGCUUGAUGUAAAUAUCCCCCUCGCAUUACCAGGUGGUGGUGGUGCUGCUGCUGCUGAGACUUGCCCCUCACUCUGUAUAUCACUCAGCUUCUUGGAAUUGAGAACUGCACAAGAAACCACAGAGCCAGUACAAAGAUCAAUAGUGCCUGCUCCUUCGCCAGCAGAAACCACCUCAACAGAAAAGGAUGAGCUUUCAGCUCUUAAAGCUGGACUUAGGAAAGUAAAGAUUUUUACAGGGUAUGUCUCUACCCGGAAAGCCAAGAAGGCCUGCCGUGAAGAAGAAGGCAGUGAGGGCAGGUGCUCUGCCAGGAGUGAGGAUGGGGAGUACAACUACCCUUUUGAUUCAGAUUCACUUGAUGAUUUUGAGGAAGGUGAAUCAGAUGAGGGUAAAGAGGAUUCCACUGUUAGGAAGUCUUUCAGUUAUGGGUCACUGGCACAUGCAAACUAUGCUGGAGGGUCAAUAUAUUCGAACAAGAGGGACAAUGAAGAUGAGGAUUGGGUGUAUUAUAGCAAUCGUAAGUCAGAUGUGGGGUGUUCACACAUUGAGGAUUCAACUGCCUCAGUCUCUGAGCCAUCAUUACUCCAAAGUUCAAAGCGAGGUUUGCUAUCUUGGAGGAAAAGAAAGCUGAGCUUCAGGUCUCCUAAAGCCAAAGGAGAACCAUUAUUAAAGAAGGCUUAUGGAGAAGAAGGUGGUGAUGAUAUUGAUUUUGAUCGGAGGCAGCUUAGCUCUGAUGAAUCUCUAUCUCUUGGGUGGCAUAAGACGGAGGAGGAUUCUUCUGCAAAUCGGUCUUCAGUGUCAGAAUUUGGGGAUGACAAUUUUGCCAUAGGCAGUUGGGAGCACAAAGAAGUUACAAGCCGUGAUGGGCACAUGAAGCUUCAAACACAGGUCUUCUUUGCUUCCAUUGAUCAGCGGAGUGAGCGGGCAGCUGGUGAGAGCGCAUGUACAGCUCUUGUAGCUGUCAUUGCUGAUUGGUUUCAAAACAACCAUGAUCUUAUGCCCAUCAAGUCCCAAUUUGAUAGUCUGAUCCGAGAAGGAUCACUAGAAUGGAGGAAUCUUUGUGAGAAUGAGAUUUACAGGGAGAGGUUUCCUGACAAACACUUUGAUCUUGAAACGGUCCUCCAAGCCAAAAUACGUCCUCUUUCUGUAGUUCCAGGGAAAUCCUUUAUUGGAUUUUUCCACCCCGAGGGGAUGGAUGAGGGUCGAUUUGACUUUUUACAUGGUGCCAUGUCCUUUGAUAACAUUUGGGAUGAGAUAAGCCGGGCUGGAAUGGAAUGUUCAAGCACUGGUGAAACUCAAGUUUAUAUUGUAAGUUGGAAUGACCACUUCUUCAUACUCAAGGUUGAACCAGAGGCGUAUUAUAUAGUUGACACUUUAGGGGAGAGGCUUUAUGAGGGAUGUAAUCAAGCCUAUGUUUUGAAAUUUGACCAUGACACUGUAAUCUACAAAAUGUCAAAUGUUGUACAAGCGUCAGAUGAUAAAAGAGCCAACGAUCAGAUGAUUGUGUCAGCAGUGGUGGAGCAACCCAAAAACCAGCAGCUCAAUACAAAGGAGGAGGGCUCUGUAACGGAGGCAGCAGUAACUAAGCCUGAUGAGCAGAUAAAAGAGGAGGAAAUUGUUUGUCGGGGAAAGGAGUCUUGCAAGGAGUACAUUAAGAGCUUUUUGGCUGCCAUUCCAAUAAGGGAGUUGCAGGCAGAUAUAAGAAAGGGAUUAAUGGCAUCAACACCCCUUCAUCAACGGUUACAGAUCGAAUUCAACUACACCCGGUUCGUACAACGUCUUCCUGAUAUUCCAGUAGCAGAAGUGUCAUCAACGGUUGCUAUGCAAGCUGCUGAGGUUGAAGUGUCCACAGUUGCUUCACAAACUACUGAAGUUGCCAUAACGGAUGUUGCUGCAUAAAAGUGUAAAUUGUAGGAAGUGUCUCUAGGCUAACUUGUUUUUGGUCACUUUUUUUUUGUUGUGGAAGUCUUUGUUUUGUUGCAAGGUGGGUUAUUAACAAAGAGGAUACCAUCUUAGCUUGUUAUAGUGGCACAACGGAGGGUGGGGUUGUGUCUAUCCAUAGGUAAGUGAAAAAUGAAAGGGUCUGUAAUUUUCCAUUUUUGAAGCUUUUUCUUUUCUUGUCUUUUAUCUGUUUGCCUACUCUGCUGUGUCUCUAGUUUUUACCCCUCUGAAACUGGGUCUGUACACGUUGUUUCUAUUUCUAAUAAGUAGGUUCUAACUUCUGAUGUCUAAA